AUGGGUGGCAAGGGUGUAUCCUUUGAUCCAGCCAAAGAUAUUCCCUCUCUCAAAGGAAACGUCAUUCUGAUCUCAGCUCGCAAUGCCCAGAUAGGCAAUGCCGGGGUGACUGAAAUCAAGAAUCAAGUGACAGGGGUGUCUGUCAAUUUCCUUGAGAUGGACCUGUCUUUAUUCAAUUCCAUCAAAAACGCAGCGAGGAAGUUUCGCGCCUCGGUCUCCCGUCUCGAUAUCCUCUUGCUCAAUGCAGGUAUCAUGGGUGGUCCACCAGGAGUGACCAAGGAAGGAUACGAAUGCCGAUUUGGAGUCAACCACAUGGGCCACGCUCUGCUAUUCAAACUUCUGCUACCUCUCCUUCUCAAGUCUGUCUCCGAGCCCGGCGGAGUGAAGCCGCGAAUUGUCGUCACAGCUUCCAGUGCUCACAAGCAAACAGUUUCAAGCGGUAUCGAGUUUGAAACUCCUAAGUCGACCGCCGAAAAUCUGUCCACGAUCGUUCGAUACGGCCAAAGCAAAAUGGCCAAUAUCUUGUUUACCCAGGAACUUGCAAGACGAUACCCGCAAUUCACCGCCGUGUCAAUACAUCCAGGAACGGUCAAGACGGAUCUCUUCUCUGUCGGUGAUAACGGUUGGCUUAUUAAGUUCCUACAAAUGGUCGUCGUUCCGAUCAUUGGCGUAACAAUUGAAGAAGGUACAAAGACUCCCCUCUGGGCUGCCACGGCCACUGCAGGUAUCAAGAGUGGCGAAUAUUAUGAGCCUAUUGGGGUGGCGGGAAAGGGGACUGCUUUAUCCAAGGAUAAAGAGUUGGCGAAGAAGCUUUGGAAAUGGACCGAGAAAGAACUCGGGGGACAUGAUGUUUGA